AUGCCCUUUGCGCAACUCGUCAUCGGACCUCCGGGAGCGGGGAAAUCGACAUACUGCAAUGGCAUGCAUCAGUUCAUGGGAGCUAUAGGAAGGAGAUGCUCCAUCGUGAAUUUAGACCCGGCAAAUGAUCAAACCUCUUAUCCGUGUGCGCUGGACGUGCGCGACUUAGUGACGCUGGAGGAGAUAAUGACCGAAGAUACUCUAGGGCCGAAUGGCGGGGUCUUGUACGCGCUGGAGGAGCUUGAGAAUAAUUUUGAAUGGUUAGAGAGGGGGUUGAAAGAGCUUGAAGAUGAUUACGUUCUCUUUGAUUGCCCCGGUCAGGUCGAGCUUUUCACACACCACUCAUCGCUACGAAAUAUCUUUUUCCGAAUAUCAAAGCUUGGAUACAGAUUAAUAGUAAUCCACCUCGUCGACUCAUACAGCCUCACCCUACCCUCCAUGUACAUCUCCGCUCUACUGCUCUCCCUCCGCUCUAUGCUCCAAAUGGACCUCCCACACAUCAACGUCCUCACCAAAAUCGACAAUCUCUCAAACUACUCACCUCUCCCAUUCAAUCUCGAUUUCUACACCGAAGUACAAGAUCUCAAUUACCUCCUCCCGCACCUCGAGGCCGAAACGUCGCGAUUAUCGCAUCAGAAAUUUGGCGCGCUGAAUCAGGCGAUUAUCGAUCUGGUGCAGGAGUUUGCUCUCGUAGCCUUCGAAACGCUGGCAGUGGAGGACAAGAAGAGUAUGAUGCAUUUGCUGCAGGUCAUUGAUCGCGCGAGCGGAUAUGCAUUUGGACCUGCUGAAGGUGCGAAUGAUUCGAUAUGGCAGGUUGCUGUUAGAGAAGGAUGGGGGGAUUUGAAUAUUUCGGAUGUGCAGGAGAGAUGGCUGGAUGCGAAGGAUGAAUAUGAUGAGCAUGAGAGGAAGAAUUUAGAAGAGGAGGCGAAGGCGAAUGAAGCGAAAGCGCAUCAUGGUCAGGAUGGUUUGGAUGAUGAGAUGCUUGACUUCCAGAGGAUGCCUGAUAGUGGCACGAAGGUUAUUCGAAAGUCCAAGUCGUGA